AUGAUGCAGAGAUUAUUUUUAAGCAGGAGCUUUUUAUUAGCCAGGCGAGUUUCUCUUCGUCCCGUUAACUUUCCACAAUCCAGACAAUUGAGCCUCACAACUAAUCUGGAUCGUCGAGUUCGUCGAACAAAAAGAACCGAUUCCGACAAAGCGGAACAAGAGCCAGAACCAGAAGAUCAUCUGGAGGCUUUUGAGAAAUAUCGAAAAGUUCAACAAGAAAAGAAAAAGAUCAGAUCAAAAGAAGAGAAAGCUAAAGCAAAUGUGCUCAAAGAAGAGAAUGCGAAGAAAGAGAGAGCCCUCAAUAUGGCUGUAAAUAUACUUCUUGGAAUCAUUUUGUUGAUUGGUUUGGACUCGUUGUAUAGAUAUAUCGACUUAACAUCGCAAAUGCGUAUGCAAGAAGACUUGGAAAACUUGGACCGAAUUCCAAUGGAUAGAUUCUUCACGCACUAUCUUGCCCGUGGCGAGGUAGAAGACAUGGUAAUCCGAUUCGACGGAACAGAGCAAAAAGAAGUCGUUGUCAGCCUUCAAAAUGGCCAAAAGUUCUUGAUGAACGUCAACUACAACAAUUUCCAUACGGAGCUCGGAAAGUUUGAAAAUGAGUACAACAUUCAUCCAAGCGAAAGAAUCGCUGGGAGAAAUUUGCGAACAUUGACGACUGGAUCGACUUUCAAAUCUAUUCACGACUUUUCGGACUACAAAGCGAACAUUCAAGGCCAACUUCUCGGUUGUGUUUUCUCCAUGAUAAUCACAGCUUACUAUCUUUUUAUUGGCGGAGGAACAGUGAAGGGAUUGCGACAGCGAUUGAUGCAAAUGGGUCAGAUGGUCAUGCGCCAAAUGGAAUCAAACAACCCUAAUGCCAAGAAAAACUCGAUUACGCCAGUUAUGAAGACCAACGUAAAGCUAUCAGAUGUCGCUGGAAUGAAAGGAGAGAAGCAAGAAAUCGAGGAGUUUGUCCAGUACCUCAAGAAUCCCGACCGUUUCACUUCCCUCGGCGCGCGAAUGCCUAAAGGUGUUCUAUUGACCGGGCCACCUGGCACCGGAAAGACCAUGUUAGCAAAAGCAGUCGCAAAUGAUUGCAACGUGCCGUUUUAUUACAAGGCCUCUUCGGAAUUCGUCCAGUCGUUAGCCGGAAAAGGAGCUAAAGACAUUAGAGAUAUGUUCGCUAUCGCCCGAAAAAACCAGCCAUGCAUCGUUUUUAUCGACGAGUUAGACGCCAUCGGAAAAAAACGAGCCACUGGAAUGUCGAUGGGAGGCGGUGCGACUGAGAAAGACAACACUCUGAACCAGCUCCUUGUCGAAAUGGACGGCAUGACUGGAUCCGAGAAAGACACGAUCGUCCUAAUGGCAGCAACUAACAAUCCAGAGUCGCUGGAUGAAGCUCUUGUUCGACCAGGGCGAUUUGACCGGAAAAUUCAGUGCGAUCUUCCUCCAACCGACGGUCGGCGGGAGAUCUUCAUGGUCCACUUAAAAACCAUCAAAACAGAGAAACCCCCAAAAGUAUACGCGGAAAUGCUAGCAAAGCUGACACCUGGUUUCUCGGGCGCCCAAAUCGCAAACGUUGUGAAUGAAGCUGCCUUACUCGCAGCGCGCGAAGAAUCCGAUCUCAUCAAGAGCUCCCAUUUCGAAGCUGCAAUCGACAGAGUGAUGUCUGGUACUCGCAAAGACAACAAUACGAUUAAACAGGAGACUAAAGCAAUUUUGGCGGCGCUUGAAGCUGGUAAAUGCGUCGUUUCGUGGCUGUCCGAGACUCAAGAUCCCGUUUUGAAAGCUUCCAUUGUUCCUCGAUCGCACUGGAAUGUCGGCUACACACAGUAUCAGACAAAAGAGCGCUUUUUACAGUCUGAAGAAUAUCUAAAAGAACGACUGGGCGUCCUCCUUGCGCCGAAAAUCGCGCAAAAAGUGCUCUUUGGCCGAGUAUCCACGCAAAUUGACAAUGAUCGGGAUUCGACAAACGCUUCUGAUCUCGCGACCAAAAUGGUCAAAUCGUUUGGCUUCUCACCAACCGUUGGUCAGGUCAAUUUUACAGAUGACAACAUGUAUUCUGAUGGGACAAAGCGAAAUAUCGACCUAGAGCGGCAAAAUAUUAUGAACGCGGCGAUAGCGGCUGCCGAAGAACUCCUCCUUCAAAACAAAGAAAAAUUACAGGAAGUUGUGGAUUUGCUCAUUCGCGAGGAAAUGACACUGUUUUUUGACCAUGCGCUACCGGAAUUAGCAGGCGAAUGCGAAGAAAUAAUCUUCCACGACAAGGAACAAAGAUUAGCAGUAUCAUCCUUCAACUCGUCCACGAAUCAGGGCGUCGUCACAGUUUAUAACAGUAAUGGAAUCGCAGUUGACAGCGAAGUUAAGCAUGUUAGACCGGUCAAGAUCCUUUGGCAUCCGCAGAAACCUAUUCUCGCAGCUGUUUGGUCCUCUGGCAGCGUCUUAAUCUGGAACACGCUCAACGGUGAGAAAACAGAGCACAGCGAGCUAGCCUCGGAUGGAAAUUCUAUCACGAAUCUCGCCUGGUCUCAACCGGGUGGCAAACGACUCGUCACAAUACAAAACGACGGCGUGGUGAAAUCCUUUCGAGCAAAUGCAAAAGCUCAGCUUCAACUCAAACCAGCUUGGGAGCAUUCCAUUCCCAGUGGAGCUGGAGCGAUUCUUUGCCGAAAACAAGAGGGUGCCAGUUCCGAUCUCGCCAAGAUGGCCGUAGCCGCAGUAAGUGGAGAAGAUCUCUUUGGACAGCUUCAUACUAGCAGAAGCAUGGAUCUGACACAAACUGUCGAAUCUCUCGGCUUCUUCGUCGGAGCCAACGAUGGAAAGAUUUACUUCAUCGAUGCAAAAGGACAGCUCGCUGAGCGUCUCGCUGCUCCUGCAGGAAUCACUGAGUUCAAAUUCAACCCCGAGCGUUCAAUUCUCGUCACUGUCUGCAAUGAUAUCUCCCUCGCCGCCUUCCGAGUCACUCCUGAUUCGUCGUUGAUGGAGCUUGGAAAGAUAAAGCUCUCGGGCAAAACGAUAUCUUGCGACUGGGCCGCUCCCGGUGUCAUGGUGUCUACUACUGGCGACUCUUCGCUAAAAAUCUGGGAUAUGCAAGCUUCAGAGCAUCAUCUUGUCCAAAACGAAGACGGAGCCUCGAUGACCUCGGUCGCAUGUCACAAUGGAACCGUAGCCGCUGCGUCUGGAGCGAAUGGUGUCAGCUUCUGGAGCUAUUCUCGCAACAAAUCAAACGCUGUUGUUUUAAAAUCUAAGAAAUCAUCGUCCACAAAGCGUGCCUCUUCUCUCACGUGGUUUAAGAAGUCACUUUUGACGCCUCUUCUCGCUGUGGCUAGCCAAAACUCGGCAUUUUAUUUGCGGGAGCAAGAAAUAUCUGAAAUUUCCCGCGGAGACAUGCAAAUAGUUCAAUUAGGCCCGAAGCGGCUCCAAAUUCUUCAGAAAUCGGGAAAUCUUGUUCACGACAACGACGUGCCUAUCUACAAUAUCGCCAUGUGUCCUCCCAACUUCACUAUUUAUUCCGGACAAUCGAUGUUCAUUCAGGAAAUGGGUCCGAACGGACUUGUAACAAACAGCGGCAGCUUCGAAUCGCCAUCACAGCAACUCGCCAUGUCCGCUCAGACCGUUUAUAGCUUCAAUGAUGACCAGACAAAGAUUCGCUGUCACUCACUGGCUGGUGUUGAAAAACAAAUCUUGACACUCGGAGGCUUCUCUGCAAAAAUGACCAUCAACGGGAAUUAUCUCGCAGCAGCGAUUGUUCCGAGCACCGUGAAAGUCUUCGAUCUUGCCCGACGAGAGGCAAAGCAAACUGUCCAUCGCGAGUUGACAAGUUUAGGCGCUGACAUCGGCGUUAUCACGGACCUCGCCAUCAACUCGACUUCGAAUCGGCUCUCCAUGACGACUGACAAUGGGCGAGGCGAGUCAAAUUCGAGGAUUCACAUUUACGCUCCUGAUCGUCAGAAAAUGUUCUCAUUUGAUAUCAACGACGAAAAUGAAAAUGAGGAAGACUUUGAUCGAUUCUACCCGUUGAAUAUGAAGUGGGACGAACACGAUAAACAACUGCUAGCGAUUGAGUACGCAUCAGCAUCCGAACAUAUCGUCGUACUUGUCUGGUCAACUGACAGCGAAGUUGUUCGGCAGGAAGAAAUCGCCUUUCCAAACGAUGGAAGAAAAUUCCUCAGCUUAUGUACACCAAAUUUGAUCUUCUCUACGACAGAUUCAGAGAUAAAGAAAGUUCCGCUGCAGGAUUUUGUCGGACUGGACGAGUGUGACAAUACGACAAGAGUUGCCCUGCUCGAUUUUUCAAGGCAAAUGGCUCUUGGCGACCUGGACUCGGCGUUUAAUUCGAUUAAACUCAUCAAAAACGAGACAGUCUGGUUGAAUCUGGCGAAAAGAUGUGUGUAUACAAAGCGUUUGGAUGUGGCUCAGGUCUGCCUCGCUAAUAUGGGCAAUGCCGCAGCUGCUGCAGCAGUCAGAAAGGCUCAGAAUGAAGAGCCAUUGGAAGCGCGUGUGGCAAUGCUCGCCCUGCAACUUGGUAUGAAUAAAGAAGCGGAAGAGCUGUACAUUCAAUCGAAACGAUUCGACUUACUCAAUAAAUUCUACCAAGCGAUCGGGCGCUGGGACGAUGCGCUAUCGACAGCGAAAGAAAGUGACAGACUUCAUCUUCGUGCUACUCAUUACAAUUUCGCAAAGAAAUGCGAAUGGGAAAAGGAGUACGACCAAGCGGUUGGACAUUAUGAAGAAAGUAAAACGCAUCGAUUUGAGAUUCCACGAAUGCUAUUUGACAAACCAGACAGAUUGGAAGCAUAUGUCAAGAAAAACGCAGAUAUGAACAAGUGGUGGGCGCAAUACAUGGAAUACACGGGCGAGUUCGAAGAGGCGGAGAAGUUUUACAAACAAUGCGGCGAUUUCCUAGCCUUAGCCCGCGUGCUUUGCGUCAAGGAAGACUUUAAUGAAGCAGAUAAGCUGGCAAAUGAAACCGGCGACCCUGCUGCCUGUCUCCACAUGGCUAGACAUCAUGAACUGGCGGGUGACAUCAAGCAGUCAAUCCAUUUCUACACGAGGGCCGGAGCUUACAAUAAUGUUAUACGUAUCUGCAAGGAGCAUGGAUUCGAGGACCAAUUGUUCAAUGUUGCGCUUUUAAGGAAAGUUCAAAAUUAUUAUAAUUUAUUUGUAAUGUACCGACAACGACAGGAGGCAAUGAAAUGCCUGGCGAGACUUGGAGAUGUGAAAAAGAUGGUCGAAUUCGCGCAGCUUGCUCGCGAUCCUUCCUUGUUCAUUCUCGCUGGCAACUAUUUGAGAAGUACUAACGCAUGGCAAGAGGAUCCUGCGAUUCUGAAGGCCAUUGUUACUUUCUACAGAAAAGCAAGAAAACUUGAUCUGAUGACAACGUUCUUUAUCGAAUGCGCGCAGCAUCAGAUAGACUCAGCCAGCGACUACGAACAGGCCCUUGGUCUGCUUCAACAAGCCGUGAAGCAACUCCAAAGCUCAAAAGCCGAUACGACAGAGCAAAUCAACACUCUUCGCGAAAAAGCAGUCGACUACAAGAAAUUCCUAGACGUCAAAAAAGCGAUGGCUUCUUCUCCGUCAGACGGUAUUGAUGAAGUUACCGCGCUCAUGCGCGAAGUCCACGAAGGAAAGUCUGCUGUUAGAAUGGCUGAUCUUGCCGCUUUCUGUGUCAAGUUCCACGCUUCCUCGAACCCGACCAAAGCCACCGAAUAUCUCAAGGUGAUUCAAAAAGACUCGGAACGUCACGUGACCGAGUUCGUCGACAAAGAUACGAUCAAGAAGUUGAAGACGAGUAUAGCAGCGUCACGUGCUGCCACGCAGAGCCAAAACGAAACAAUGAAUCCUUUCUCGGAUGUCGAGCAUCCGUGGUCAUGGAUGCAGCGAGAAGAAAUCGGAUGCAGCACUUGUUCUGGCCAAAUCAACCCUUUCGGCGUGUUUUACACACAUCCUGUGAUGAAAACGAUCCAGUGCGAAAAGUGCAGAGACUUUUAUUCAAACGGCCUUUUUACUACUGAUGCGGAGGGGUAUUAUGAGCAUUGCCGAUGGUGUGCCGACGGUGGCACUUUGUAUGGCUGCGAUAAAUGCGUUGAGAGUUUUUGUAAACAGUGUGUUCUACGAAAUCUGGGCCGUGCGGGAGUGACAGAAUGCGAGAGCUCCGCAAAAUGGAUGUGCUACAUUUGCGACCCUUCGAAAGUCGAGAAGUGCGUCGCCUUCACUCAGCGAAUCAAGAAGUGCGUGAAGCUCCACGACAUUGCGCUUGAAGAACAGACCAAGAAAAAGGAGCAGAAUAGGCUCAAGCGGCAGCGUCUCCUCGCUGCGCAGCAAAAAGCGAAAUCGAAGCGAUCAGAUGGCGAAAGCACUGACGAAGAGGAGAUCGAGAAACAGUUGCUUGGAUUUGUCGAUAUGUUUGCCAAGAUGAUAGAGGAUGAUAAUCUGGAUUUUACAGUUAAACGACAAGUUCUUGCAAAGCUGAAAAAGAACGACCGAAAAUUCAACGCCCUCAAAUCAGAGGCAGAAAAGAGAGUAAACGAGGCGAAGGCGUCGAAAAAAUCGCGAAAAAAGCCAGCCGAGAAAAAGAAGAAGAAGAUCAUCGAAAACAGCUCGGAAUCAGAGCCGGAAUUCCAAAAAAACCUCAAUUCGUCUGAUGAAGACGCGCCAUCCACAUCUGCCAAAAAGCCCUCUCGGGCUAGAGUCAAUCUUCUUUCCAAGAAAAAGGGAAAGAAAGCGUUACCAAAGCCGAAGAAGGGAUCUUCCGAGGAAAGUGAGUCCGACGGAAGCAGCAGCGGAUUCGAUUUCUAG